UACUGCAAUUCAGUCUUACAAGCUCUUUAUUAUUGCAAACCAUUCCGAGAAUGUGUCUUAAACUAUCAGACAGGUGCUGGCGCCAUGGUCUCACAUUAUCCACUCAGUCCUACAACCCCAGCAUUUAGCAUCCAUAGUGCUAGCAAAUCCAUGUUCUUGUGUCUUCAGGAUUUGUUUCAACGGAUUCAAAAUCAUUCCAAAAAGACUCAAUACUUUACACCCACUGCUUUUGUAGCCAAGGUCAAGAAAGAAAAUGAAUUAUUCAGGAGUUCAAUGCAUCAGGACGCACACGAGUUUUUAAUGUUCAUCAUGAGUGCCAUCACUGAAGAUAUUGAGGCUGAUAUCAAAAAGUCUCAGAAGGAAUUUGAGGACAACAUGCCUAAAGCAUUCAUCACAAAUGGAUCCUACGGCCACAAGAAAGUGUGGGUUCAAAAAUUGUUUGAGGGUCAACUGACGAACGAAAUCAAGUGUUUGACCUGUGAGAAGACCACAAACAGAGCAGAGUCUUUUAUGGAUCUUUCAUUAGAUAUUGAACAGAAUUCCUCUGUGACUAGUUGCUUGAGACAGUUUUCAGCAUCAGAAAUGCUCUGCCAUAAGGACAAGUUUUAUUGUGAUGAAUGCUGUGGAUUGCAGGAAGCUGAAAAGAGGAUGAAGAUCCAAGUGUUGCCUAAUAUCCUAUCACUUCAUCUCAAGCGAUUCAAAUACCAGGAAGCACUUCAAAAAUAUGUAAAGCUAUCGUACCGAGUCUCUUUUCCAAUGGAACUUCGAUUAUUUAACACGGUGGACGAAAUGGAGGAUCCGGAUAGGAUCUAUGAUUUGAAUGCAUUUGUAGUCCAUGUUGGAAGUGGACCUCAUCAUGGUCAUUAUGUCGCUGUUGUUAAGCAUCAGGAUCGAUGGCUUCUCUUUGAUGAUGAAAAUGUUGAAACGAUUGAUGAAUCAGACAUCCACAAAUAUUUUGGCGACUCUUCACAAUUAGGCUCAGGAUAUGUUUUGUUUUAUCAGGCUCGUGAU